AUGGACCUCCUCCAAUCCGUUCGCAAAGAAGGUUCUCGUGGCGGCGUGAACUUCAGCUGGGACGAUGUCCGCUCCAACCCGCGUCGUGAAACCUACCUAGGCCACUCACUGAUGGCGCCAGUAGGUCGCUGGCAAAAGAACAAAGAUCUGAACUGGUACGCCAAAGCCGACGAAGCGGAGCUUACAGCCGAGGAACGCGCAGAACGAGAGAGGGAGCGCAAGCGGGAAGAGGUCAGGAAGAUCAAAGAAGCCGAGGAGGAUGCCAUGAAGCGCGCCAUGGGGCUGCCGGUGCCGGAUCGGACAAAUGCGAAUCUGGAGCCGUUGGGCGUGAGUCAGGUGGAUGUCAACAAGGCGCUAAAGGAGGCUUUGGAUGAUGGAGAGGAGGAUCAUGCUGGGAAAGGAGUUGGGUUUGGGUCAAAAGCUGGUGUGGUUGAGGAGGGCAAAGAAGUCAUGAAGGGAAGUCGAGGACACGAUGAGCGCCGCAGAGAUCGCAGUCGAAGCCUCCGCAGACCGCGACCGAGAACGAAGGCGCAGACACCGGCACAGAGAUCGUUCACGAUCGCGCGAAGGAGAGAGGAGGCACCGUCGGAGCAGGUCCAGGCACGGCGAUGA